ACAUAUUCCAAGAUGGCUUGGUGACGUCACUAGUUGUCGCUUUGACCCUUUUUCAUUAAGGGGUGUGGGCACUAGACACCUUAAAAACUAUGUAACUAAGUAAGUAAGUAGCCAAAGUCUUUAGUUUCGGAAAUACUAGUAUCAGCAAACCCUGGAUCAUCAUCUUCAUAUAUUUCAUAUACAUCUUCAGCCUCCUCACUUUCAUCUUCAUCUUCGCUCUCAUCUGCAUCCUCACAUUCCAAUCCACGCUCUUCCAAUAGUAGUAGAAGACUAAAAGCUUGAUCAACAUCACCUCCACACAAUCUCAGUGCUCUUCUUGCUCCUUCUUCGUUAAAGCCGAAAUUCACCAGUGCAUUGUGCUUUUCCUGUAGCUUGCUGGUGUCUGCCAUGAUGGCAAAAAAAUGUAUUCCAGCUAAAGGUUAACCGUCCUUGGGUUGGUUGAGAAAAAGCACUAUGCUUUCCAGUUCCCUAGGACAGAAGUCUAUUCAUCGUGGUAUAGACGGGAUAGGAUUCCUGUGAAAACUGAGCCUCAUAAUCAAAAUAUUGCUGAAUAAGAAACAAUAAGCGGAGCAAAUUAGUUUCGACAAAUGCCAUAUUUUGAUUAUAAUAGUCUAUCAGUCACAUGUGGAACAACUAGUAUCUUUAAUUCAUGAAGCUUCUUAUAGAAGUUUCCUAUGUUUGGCGCUGUAAGGCCGAUAAAUUCUGAUCGGAAUUUAUCGGUUGGUUGCACCAAAUCAAUGCCUUGGUCGGACCAAAAAGCGAUUCGGUCCGACGAACUUGGAAAGCUCCUGGGAAAAUGUCUGCGCUUUCAGCGCUAUAUAGAGGAAACCUCUAUAUCAUUUACUGGGGAGCUUUUAAAUAGCGGGCAAAGCAAAGUUCAGUGCUACUUAGGAAAUUCCUUUAUCCUUAGCUCUUUAUCAGCCACUUCAAGUUAUCUUACUCCCCUUUAAAAUGAGCAAAUUUCAUUUUUUGAAUAAAUUAACCCCUCUUAGUUACAACAAAAAUUUUUAUUCUAUAAGAAAAAUUUAUAGGUAAAAACACUAAUUUUCAUAUAAAUAGUUUUGACUUAAUAUAAUGGAUGGAGUCAAAUUAGAUUCCUAUUUAAAAAAUUGGAACGCUUAAUCGGUUAAUAUUUUAAAUUAACUCUUUAUAAAAAUAAAAAUAUUUUUAUAUUAUAAAAUUAUAAUAAUUUAAAAAAAAAAAAUUAACCCUUAAAUAACAGAUAUUGGUUCCAAUUAAAGGGAGUUAGAGAUAAUGCACUAGGAAAUCUUAUUAUUGGGACCAAAGAGGAUUAUACGCUAGGUUUUACAGGCUAUAUAUGGAACUUAAAAAUUUUUAUUACAAGCUCCAAUCAAGGAGACGAUUAUUCAACCUCAGGAUGCUCAUCUGGUUGUACUAUCUGCCCAUCUGACAAAAAUUGUUUAAGCGAUUGCCUUUUCUCCACCUAUCCUACAGCUUGCACAGGCUGCAAAACAUCAUGCAAUAAAGGGUGCGUCAGCAAUUUAGCCUGCAGUCUUUGCAAAAAUAAAGAAUGCAACCAUUGUGAUACCUUUACCGGAGCCUGUAUCGAUUGUAUCACAAAUGCUGGUUUUGUUGGUACGAAUUGUCAAUGUAAUACCAAUGCUUUAUGAAAUAGCGUUACAGAAACCUGUGAUUUAUGCUAUAAUUUGUGUGGAUCCUGCUCAGCUUAUACAUUUUCUGGCUGCACAUCUUGCAUUUCUUCUCAUUAUUUGUAUGAAAAUAUGUGUAUUCAAUACUGUCCAAUUGGCUAUACUUCAUCUUCAGGCCAAUGCAACUUGAGCUCAUCAUUGAAUGGUUUUGUAUUUAACUUGAUGCCGCAUCAGAUAAUGGACACAGUAACGGAUCUCCAAUCAAGCUUAUCAAUCCAAACAGGCCAAAGCUCAAACUUUUAUCCAAAUUAUGAUACGACAGACCCAUAUGCAGCAGAAUAUAGAGGAUAUUACUUUUUAGGAACUUCUUAUAUGAAAUUUGUCUCUAGUUCAUUGCUUUUUGCACCGAAAUUUACGAUUUCAACAUGAAUCAACCCAAUUUUAGGAACCAGUAUAAUUUUGUCGAAGCAAGACUCGUCUGUGGUGAUUUAUUUAGAGCUUGGAAUAUUUAGUGACAAUAAGCCAAUUCUUACCUUAAAGCUGCUUGACGGAAGUGUGGUCUCUUAUAAAAGCUCUUCUGCAAUUGUAGCUUCUCAAUGAAAUCUUAUAAUAGUCUCCUCAGACAUUUCGUCUACACCUGCGCAGAUCAUAAGCUUCAAUGUGAACUCAGUAACUGAUACUUCAAUAGACCUAGCUUCAUCUUGGUUUGAAGACCUACAAGCUUCGUCUACAACUCUAAUAGGAGCUCAUUACACUGCGGCUUCUACUUUUGGGAAUUAUUUUACAGGCUUUUUAUGGGACUUAAAAGUUUAUAACCUAGUAAAAGCGCCAUCUGCUCUAUAUUUGACUUCUUGCUCUGGCUGUUCUCAAUGUCCUACUGACAACUCUGGAUCAUGCUUAGCUAACUGUCCAAUCUCGAAAUAUUGGGAUGGGGCAGCCUGUGCAGAUUGCAGCACAGGAUGCACAUCUACUGGCUGCGUAAGAGUUGACAUAAACUGUAACUUAUGUGAUGACGUAAUCUGCUAUGAAUGCCACGAUUAUACAGGAAACUGUGUGUCAUGCAGACCUCAUGCUCAUUUAGACUCUGGAAAAUGUGUCUGUGACACUGGGUAUUCUUGGGAUACUGUUACUGAGUCUUGCAUACUUUGCUAUAGCUCAUGCAAGUCAUGCACAGGGGUUAAUUUUUAUGAAUGCACAACAUGCAUUUCUGGGAAUUAUUUGGUAAAUGGAUUAUGCUUGUCAUAUUGCCCAAGCGGCUAUAAAGCAUCGACAAAUGUAUGUGCUGAAACGAAUGCAAUGAUGUUUGACUUGGAACUGGAAACGCUUAAUGGAGUGAUUUAUGAUAAAGCAAGCCAAGUGCCAAUAUUGACUGGGUCUACUUCGAAUUUCUAUAUGAACUAUGAUAGUGAUGACCCAAUUCCAGCUCCUCUACGAGGAAUGUGGUUUAACGGAGACUCCUCAAUUCUUCAUAUGCCUAACUCCUCUCUGCAAUUGGGGAAAAUUUUUUUGGUCGCCAUUUGUGGAGUUUUUUCUUUCAAGAAUAAAAAAAAUAUCAAUUUCUAAAUAUAAUCUAUAUUAUAAGUAUAAUCUAUAUUAUAAGUAUAUGCUUUUUAUAAUAAUAGUCAUUAUAUUUAAAAAUAAUUUUAUUAAAAUUGCUUGCUCGCUUAUUGAAGAAGGGCAAAACCUAAAAAUAAUAGAUUUUUCUAGGCGGAGUAAAUAUUCUAAUUACUCAUCUCCUUUAUUGAUUAUUGGGCCUGUGUUUACGUACUCAAUAUGAAUUAAUCCUUGGUCAGACACAUCUACUGUAAUGUACACCCAAGAUUCUUCGAAUUCUGAAGAAUUCGCUAUUAAGUUAAAUGCAGGUUAUCCCUCAAUAGAACUAAGCCUUAAAAUUGCUGGCUUUAUAGCACAUCAGUGCAAAACCCCAAUUACGCAGCCUGAAUGAAACCAUGUUGUAUUUACAUUGAAUAUAGAUGCUUUAGGUCAUUCUUAUAUUCAAUGCACUGUCAAUACUAUUCCUAACGACUCUUCUGUAGAUCUUGGUCUUUCCUAUUAUUUGACUUCGAAAACGAAUCCAAGUGGGACUAUUGGUGGAGAAAUUCAAGGGACAAAUUAUGUUCAUUAUUAUAAAGGCUUUAUAUAUAAAAUCGUUAUAUACCACACUAUUAAAACAAUAGAAAAUUUAGCUUUGGCUAAAUCGUAUUGCACUGAACCUUGUCCUUCUUGUCUUCCAUCAAAAAAAUGCAUCCCGAACUGCAGUAUUGAUAAAUAUUGGUUUGGACCUGCAUACAAUGUCUGCUCCGAUUGCAAAAGCAACUGUAAAUAUGGCUGCAAAGAUUCCUCUAUAGUCUGCAACCUGUGCUACAGCACACUUUGCAGUAAUUGCACUGAUUAUGAUAGCUAUUCUUGCACUAGCUGUGUUUCAAAUGCAGAAAACAUCGCAAAUUGUACAUGUGAGAAUUCAUAUGGUAUUAGUAAAAACUUAACUUACUGCGCUCCUUGCAAUACAAAUGCAUAUACUGAAGACGGAUACUGCAAAACCUGCCCAAACCUCUGUGAAACUUGCACAAAUAGCACUAACUGCCUUACCUGCAUAGAAAACUCUUAUUUAAGCAGCGGCCUUUGCAAAUGCAAUGUAGGUUUCAAUGGAACCACAAACUGCACUGAAAUUUGGUUUUAUGCGAAUUUAACAGUAAACGAAGACAAUUCUUUAAAUCUCACAUUUUCUAAUGAUUUAGCUGUAUCACUUGAUUCGAUGGACGUACUUAUAUCAAUAGCAAACGUAUCUGAUACUAAUUUGACAUGGACAAUGGAAGAAAGAAAUAGCUCGUUUUAUUUAAUUUCUCUCGAUAUCUUAACCAAAGUUUCCACAGGCACUCAGGUGACGUUAAAAUUUUUGAAUAAAAACUUAGUUGUUUCUGUGUCAAAUGAGCUGCUAAAAAACCACACCUUAAUUAGUUAUUUGUAUUAUUAUAAUCCUUACUCGGAAGGAGAAAUAAAAUUGUGACGUCGAUGGAAAUGGACUCCGAGGCACACUGCCUAAGGAGAAUGUAAGACCUGCCCCGAUGAAGCUGAAAAUAUUGCCUCUGUCAUCUUUUGAAGAAUGCCUUCGGGUAUGGGGAUGCCUGCAGAACAGGUAAGCUUUUUUACACCCCCAAGUUUUUCCCUAUCCUGCACAUCUUUUGCCCCCCACUUAGUCUUUUCUUAUCGGACUAAAGUGGUAUCCGCAAGAGACAGCUCUAUCCUAGUGAGCUCCCUAGGUUAGGUGGGUUUACACCAGAUAGGCAGGCUAGGGGUCUAUCGCUUUUUGCCUUAUAAAUUUUUUGACUUAACUUUAACUUACUCAGAAGAUCCUACAAUUCACGCUAUUGCAAGCCAAACCACUGCUGUAGUCCAGUCUAUAACUGGAGUAGCUUUAGCAUUAUCCUUUAUAAACCCAAACCCAUCUAGCUUAUGGAGUAUGCCAAGCUGUGAGGUAUGGAUAUGACACUGAUUUAGUUCUGUUCAAUGUAGGAAGCCCUAUAUGCACUGUUAG